UUUGACAGCUCAGCUUUGAAAUCGUAGCCCGAAGGCGCUCAGCCUAGUUUCCCUCGCUGACCUUGCUCGUCGUUCCUUGAGCAUUUUUUUGCGUUUUCUUGCCGUACUUUUGAACCUAACAUGUGGAGGAGCGACUGACUAUGAGGACUAAGAGAUAAGGGAGUUUCUUUCUGUCGUCGCUCUGUUAUUUCGAAGUGCUGGCUCUCUAAGUACUUCUACAUUUCUGACUUCACACGCUAAAGCCCGCGAAGGACUCCAGCAUGUCUCGAGACCCUGAAGAAGUGAAUAAACUGACGGAAAGUACCUACAAGAAUGUUAUGGAACAGUUUAACCCGGGGCUGCGGAACCUCAUCAACCUCGGAAAAAGCUAUGAAAAAGCUGUUAUGGCUAUGACUCUGGCUGGAAAGAUGUACUUUGAUGCUGUAUCUAAGAUAGGGGAGAAUGCUGCUGUAUCUCCAGUAUCUAGAGAAUUAGGUGUGGUGCUAAUGGAAAUCUCUGAAGUCCACAGGAAAGUUCAUCUAGAGCUGGAAGAGAACUUUAGACGCUUCCAUCGUGAGAUUAUUUCAGAGCUUGAGAGGAAGACAGACAUGGAUGUAAAAUACAUGACGGCCACAUUUAAGAGGUAUCAGACAGAACACAAGUUAAAACAGGACUCGCUGGAGAGAUCUCAGGCUGACCUGAAAAAACUACGAAGGAAGAGCCAAGGGAAGAACGCACUGAAGUACGAGAGCAAAGAAAACGAGUGUCUGGAGACCCUCACACACCGCCAGAUGGACAUGCAGAAGUUCAUAGCAGAUGGAUGCAAGGAGGCUCUAUUGGAGGAGAAGAGAAGGUUCUGCUUUCUGGUGGACAAGCAUUGCAAUUUCUCCUAUCAGAUAUCAGCUUUCCAUGACAAGGCAAAGGACUUGCUAACAGAGAAGAUACCCAGCUGGCAGGAUAAAUGCACUGACAUUACCAAUGUUCCAGAGAGUGUGAUGGCAAUGAUAGAAGGCCUGCGCACUCCAGUAUCCAUAACUCCUCAGGCCUCUCCAGCCGCAAAGCGCCACAGCCGGAAUAAUUCAGAAGCAGUGAUUCCUCCUCCUGCACCACUUGGGAAGGCUCAAACCAGUCCACUAGCCAAAAUGUUCACUCCAGACACUCCCAAGCAAGAGAGUGUGCCUGAACAUAACAACGAAGAGGGUGGGUUAGCCAGGUCUGUGUCGAUGGCUUCAGGUUUGAACAACAUGGCCCGGAGACCCCGUGUCAGGACCAUUUUUCCCCACAAUUCUGGCAGCAACAACACCCUGUUGAGCUUUGAGGAGGGAGAUAUUAUCACACUGCUUAUUCCUGAUGAAAGGGAUGGCUGGCUUUAUGGAGAAAUGGAGAAGACCAGACAGAGGGGCUGGUUUCCAUCCUCUUACUGUCGUCCAUAUACAGAGCUUGCAGUAAAUAACAGUGUUGUUGGAAACCCUCCAGUGCGCAGUAAAAGUGUGGCAAACCUCACACAACAGGACACUGAUGAGGAUGCGAUGGUGCUGCCUCCACCCGACUACAGUGACUCAAGCGUUAGGAGGAACUCCACGAAGUCCCUGACACAGACAUACAUUCCUUCUUCUGAAAACAUGGUUCUUCAGACAAAUGGAAUCCCAAAGCCACCUCCUUUCUUAGGGGGAGGAAACCCCUUCGCCACUGUGAAGCUGCGGCCCACCAUUACCAACGACAGAUCGGCUCCUAUCAUCUGAUCGUCAUGACCACCAGCUUCCAGCCCACAGCCAUCAGCAUCUACAACCAGCACCACCAGUAACUCACAUCAAACAUGACAGCGCUCCUGUCCACAAACUGACUGCAUCACACAAAAGCUCUGAAACCAGCUUCAGUGGAUUUGGACAAAGAAACUCCACUAGAGAUGGCAUUUUGAUUUAACCAGCGUUUGCUUACUGCACACAAUCACCACAAGAUGGACAACACAUUUAUUUAUGUACCUUAUAAGAGCCAAUAUACUUUCACUUUUUGUUGAUGUUUGACUGUGUUGCUGAAAGGGAUAACGUCCCAGGCACAAUUGAAAAGAGCAAGAGCAGAGGUAGAAAACAGACCUACUCCUAUAAUCUAAAGGGUUAUGCAAAAAAUAUUGUCCUGGGUCUGAAGUCUUAGCUAAGACCCUGGUGUUUGCUUAUAUGUUGCGUGAAUAGCAUGUUGACAUUGACUGGAUUCCAGCUUGUUGAAAUAUCUGUUGAGAAUUUCCUGUUGCCAUAGGACAGUUGCUGAAUGUACGUGAGACUGAGUUUGUGCAAGAGUCCAGAUUAUAGUGUUGUGGUGGUAAUCGUGCAGGGGUAUAUUGUUGCUGUCGUAAAGGCAAACUUGUAUCUCCAAAAUGAAAUUUUAGCUUUAAUGUACUUUAAUGUGAAAAGAUCUUAUUCAAGGCUUUUUGGACUGUUUCUGUUGGUCCAUUGUUGUUUAAAUGUUUACACCAUGUAAACAACAAAUGCCAUUUUUGAACGAUGAUAAAAAAAUUGAAAAGAUGAAAAAAUGGAUUUACAAGACUUUAAGAUGACAGUUACAAUAUCAGCUUAUUUAAAAUCUCAAACAUCAUGGCUAAUGGUACACUAGAACUGAAGAUUUGUUUUGAUUGUGAAAGGUUGGUCUGAGUGUUCUUAGACAACAAGCUUUGCUUAGGUAGAAAUGCUAUACAUAACGAAAGCAUUCAAAAAUAGUAUUUAACAUUGUUUUUUUGUCAGAGCACACAUUUGCCUUAAUUUAACACUUUUCUCCUAUCACUGUCAUUGAAAAUAAUUUAUCUCUCAGUGAGUGAAUACCGUUCAGAAGCAUACAGUAUGUCUUCGAGGACCAUUUUGAUGAAAGAGACCUUAUAAUUAUGUACAAUAGGCAGUAAUUGCACUUGAUGCUUCAGGGAAGCCAUUCAUUUGCUGUUUUAUCAAUGCAGUUGUUUUCUCUUGCUGCAGCCCUUCACCUGCCCUGUGGAUCACAGCUGUAUAAAAAUAAAAAUGUUUUAUUUCUGGA